UUCCAAUCAUAGCUAGCUAGGUCACUCCGAACAAAAUUGUUUUUAGAAGCUACUAGCUAGCUAUGUUGUUCUCCUUUAUCUUUGCAAGCCAGUCGGCUAACAGACGUCGACUCAUGGACACACUUCAAUAACCGACCGAGAAUCAGGUAAGAUCAGCAUUUUGAAUGUUCGACCAGCACCUUGUCCUAGACGUUUGAAACAGCGCCAACCUUGAAAAGGCAGCCGGCUAUCAAGCAAAGAAACGUUAGCUAGCAACUUGUUUUUGUGUCCAGCUGGAAACGAAUGAGCCGGAAUUUGGGGUCGGCUGAUGGUGUCCUCACGCUGGUGUCCUUUGGAUUGAACACUGAUGGAAACUUCAGCUCUGUGUGCCCGAAUGGAUCAAUAUGGGUUUGGGAAGGGCUGGGGGAAUGUGCCCAGGACGCCAGGGACAUGGCCAGUGUCAUCCUGGGUCUGUUGUCAAUAGUGUGCUUCAUGGUCUCUUCCCUACCGCAAUACUACAGCUCUUGUAAGAGUGGGAAUAUGGACAGUGCCUUGUCCAUUUGGUUUCUGCUGCUGUGGCUGGGGGGCGACUCCUGCAAUCUUGUAGGCUCAUUCUUAGCUGACCAACUGCCGCUACAGACGUACACAGCAGUGUAUUACGUCCUGGCUGACUUAUUGAUGCUGGGAAUGUACUUUUACUAUGUGGCUAAGAACAGGAUGAAUAACACCAGGUCAGUCUUAAAUGUGGUCGGUGUGGUCUACAUCCUGGGCUUCUCUGCAGGCCUUGUGGCCUUACCUGCGUCAGGGUCCCAACAGGAUGUGGUCCUCUCUGGGUUUAAGAGGCGGGCCUUGCUGUCAACCACUGUGGAUGGUGUUAAGGCUUUCAGCACCAAGGAGAUCAUUGGGUUUAUCAUUGGGUCCAUAUCCUCAGUGCUCUACCUCUGCUCCAGACUGCCACAGAUGCACAUUAAUUAUACGAGAAAGUCGACGGAGGGUGUGUCCUACUUCCUGUUUGCCCUGGUCAUCCUGGGUAACACCACAUACGGCCUGAGUGUGCUGCUGAAGAACCCUGAGCAGGGCCAGGGAGAGGGAAGCUACAUCAUCCACCACCUGCCUUGGCUUGUAGGCAGCCUGGGCACCCUCUCUCUAGACCUCCUGAUCUCCAUACAGUUCUUGAUAUACCGCAAUAACGCCCCUCUAGAGUUGGAAUCGCAGCACGAUGAACGAGCUGCUCUGCUGGACAAAUGAAACUACUCCCUGGGUGCUGGAUCUAGCAGUACAGACACUUAUCCCCACCAAAUUGACUCUCAAAUUCACAUUCCUAAACACAGUCAUAUUCUUUUUGACGAACACAGGAAAUCCCUUUCUUGAGAUUUUAUAGUUGUAUUUGUUAUUUAUACAAUCAGUUUUUGUAACUUUUUGUGUUUUGAGAAAGACUCCACAUUGUUCAUUGGGAUGCAGCUGUAGUUUACUGUAAUUAAUGUUUACUCUUAAUCUUUUAGUGACAGACCGUCCAGCUGUUACUCUCUAAAUACUUGUAGUUUGUUACAAACCCAUCCUGACAAUCAUGACACUACUAGUAACUGCAUGGAACCCUCUUGUGGUUGUAUUGGAAUAGUCUUGUUGUAUUUCAGAAGUGAUGAUUAACUAUAAAUCUUUUUUGCAGAUCACCUCACCUGUCUUCUGAGUACACAGUCAUGGAAAUCUUACUGCCUUAAUAUGUUCAUGUGGAUUUAUUGUAACUUUUCAGUAAAGUGUAAAUGUCUGAAGUACUGUACUUUUUAAUUAUAUUUGAUCAUUUACAUCAA